CUUAAGGAGCUGGAGUCCCACUAAGAAUAGAAGACAAGGCUGCAGAAAGAGUCGACGUGGAAAGGCUCCUUGUUCCCUGAUCUAGCCAACUAAAGAUAUAAUUUCUCCUUAAGCAUCUGGAGGGUUAAAAAAAAACUAUUUUUUCAUUAUUUUCUGGAUAGAAGUUUUUAUCUAAUACAUGAUGAGUCUCACAAGAGAGAGACCACAUCUGUGCUCCGAGUGUGACAAAAGCUUUACACAUAAAUCACAGCUUAUCAUACAUCAGAGGAGUCACACAGGAGAGAAACCAUUUACAUGUUCUGAAUGCAGCAAGUGUUUUUUCCAGAAGUCAUAUCUUGUUAUACAUCAGAGGAGUCACACAGGAGAGAAACCAUUUACAUGUUCUGAAUGCAGCAAGUGUUUUUCCCAGAAGUCAUAUCUUGUUAUACAUCAGAGGAGUCACACAGGAGAGAAACUACAUCUGUGCUCUGAGUGUGACAGAAGCUUUACAUGUAAAUCACAUCUUAUCAGACAUCACAAGAGUCACACAGGAGAGAAACCACAUAUGUGCUCUGAGUGUGACAGAAGCUUUACAUGUAAAUCAUAUCUUAUCAGACAUCAGAGGAGUCACACAGGAGAGAAACCAUUUACAUGUUCUGAAUGUAGCAAGUGUUUUUCCCAGAAGUCAGCGCUUGUUAUACAUAAGAGGAUUCACAGAGGAGAGAAACCAUUUACAUGUUCUGAAUGUAGCAAAUGUUUUACCAGGAAGUCAUCUCUUGUUUUGCAUCAGAGAGUUCACACAGGAGAGAAACCAUUUACAUGUUCUGAAUGCAGCAAGUGUUUUUCCCUGAAGUCACAUGUUGCUAUACAUCAGAGGAUUCACACAGGAGAGAAACCUUUUGAAUGUUCUGAAUGCAGCAAGUGUUUUUCCCAGAAGUCAGAGCUUGUUAUACAUCAGAGCAGUCACACAGGAGAGAAACCAUUUAUAUGUUCUGAAUGUAGCAAGUGUUUUUCCCAGAAGUCCAUUCUUAUUAGACAUCAGAGGAGUCACACAGGAGAGAAACCAUUUACAUGUUCUGAAUGUAGGAAGUGUUUUUCCCUGAAGUCAUUUCUUGUUAUACACCAGUGGCGUCACACAGGAGAGAAACCAUUUACAUGUUCUGAAUGCAGCAAGUGUUUUACUAGUAAGAAAACACUCAGUAAUCACAUGCGGAGUCACUCUGAGGGCCUGAAUGCAGCUUGUGUAUCAUAAGUAAUGUAACUUAUCACAACUAUAUGAAUUCAAUGGAGCCAAUAUUUAUUUUGUGAAUGUGACAAGUGUUUUAUAUAAAUGGCUCUUGAUAAAGACAGGAGAGGUCAGACAAGUGGACCUGGAGGUACUUUUCCCCUUGGGAAGGUCUCUGUGUUAGGAACUAGAGCUGCAGUAUAACAAUAGCCAAUGACCGUGGGACUGCCAUUACAGAGCUCUGUAAUAUACAGCUGUUCUGCUCAUGCAGGUGCUGAGACUAGUACAGAGUUCCAGCAGCUCCUCUCGGUACUGGGAUUCCUUCUCUGACCAACAGGGCUAUGAGUACUGGGUAUUUCUACAGGAACAAUGUAUGCUGCUCUGUUUCACCAUAUGGGUUAUUGUACGGGGUGUUAUUUUUAACCACUUUUUAGAUGCCAUUAUGUCCAUGUUUAACUCCAUUUUGUAUAUGUAUGACCUCAUUGCUUUAUAUACUGUACAUACUUUUUAUUAGGAUUAGUGCUUUGCAGACAUAUAGGGGUAUAUUCAAUUGCGGUCGAAUUCUGGCAUGUAUUCGACAGUUUUUGGAUUCGACACAAUUCGGCAGGCGAAACCCUCCACCCAGGACCAGAAUUCGACAUAUUCAAUUAAUAAAGGAUUCGACAGUCCCUUUGUCGAAAAAAACGGACCAAUUGACGAAUAGUGGGCGGCCUGGAUUCGACUUCAUGGACAUCACAAAAGUGAUGAAUAAAUCCUGAAAAAAAUUGCGUGGGGUCCCC